UUAAAUAAAUACUUCACAGCAAACUACCAAUAUUUGUUUGAUAUGAUACGGCAUUUGCGUUGAUAAAAAUGGUUUUGCAAAAUUCCGGAAAAUACAGAGCCGAACGUGCCGAAAAACCGGAGCCCAGCAAUGCCACUGUGAUUCCAGUCAAUAGAGAGGAAAGUUCGGAAUUUCGAUUACGACAAGUUCUUGAAAACGAUGCCAUUGACUCAAAAUAUGGAUUCGAAAGAAUUAAAGAUCCUUGUGAAAGGACAGGUUUCUUGCUUAAUAUGCAUUCUAGUGAAAUUUUGGAUGAGGAUAAGAGACUGUGCGCGUCAAUUGAUUAUUAUUUCAUGGAAGAGGAUGGUACCAGAUUUAAAGUCUCAUAUCCUUUUAUGCCCUACUUCUAUGUACUAACAAAAAGAGAACUCAUACAAGAGGUCACACAAUUUUUGGGUAAAAAAUUUUCUGGUACAAUUGGUAAAAUUGAAACAGUCACCAAAGAAGAUUUGGAUUUGCCCAAUCAUUUAAUUGGUCUAAAACAAAAAUACAUUAAGUUGUCAUUUUACAAUCAAACAGAUUUAAUAAAAGUUAGGAAAGAGAUUGUUAGAGUUGUUAACAAAAAUAAAGAGCGUCAAAAUGAAAACACUUAUUAUACUGAAAUGCUUACAAGUACUCUGGCCAAUAAUGUUCAAGUUCACAAAACAACAAGUGAUCAAAUGGAGAAUAUUAUGGAUAUAAGAGAAUUUGAUGUCCCUUAUCACGUUCGAGUGUCCAUCGACUUAAAAAUAUUCUGUGGAUCUUGGUACACCAUCAAAAUUGUUGGCCCUAAUCACCCUCCUAUGAUCACAUCCAGACCAGAUUUAAUAGAACGUCCUGAACCUAUUGUAUUAGCUUUCGAUAUUGAAACUACAAAAUUACCAUUGAAAUUUCCUGAUGCUGCUACAGAUCAAAUUAUGAUGAUUUCGUAUAUGAUCGAUGGUCAAGGGUACUUAAUAACAAACAGGGAAAUAUUAUCUUCCGACAUAGACGACUUCGAGUAUACGCCGAAACCAGAGUUUGAAGGCAAGUUCACGAUAUUCAACGAGAAGAAUGAAAUGGACUUGAUCCAACGCUUUUUUGAUCACAUAAUGGAAAUCAGACCGCACAUUUUCGUGACGUACAACGGCGACUUUUUUGAUUGGCCUUUCAUAGAGGCACGAGCAGCUUCAUAUGACUUAGAUAUGAGGCAAGAAAUUGGCUUCUUUAAGAAUAAAGAGGGCGUGUAUUGUAGCAGACCUGCUAUGCACAUGGACUGUCUCUGCUGGGUAAAGAGAGAUUCCUAUUUGCCAGUCGGUUCGCAGAAUUUAAAGGCCGUAGCCAAAGCUAAACUGAGGUAUGAUCCUGUCGAGCUGGAUCCCGAAGAAAUGUGUCCUCUGGCAGCGUCCGACCCACAAGUACUUUCAAAUUAUUCAGUGUCAGACGCGGUAGCAACUUACUAUUUGUACAUGCAAUACGUUCACCCCUUUAUUUUUGCGUUGUGUACAAUUAUUCCGUGUGAGCCCGAUGAGGUGCUCAGGAAAGGAUCAGGUACACUUUGCGAAGCAUUACUUAUGGUAGAAGCGUUUCACGCCAAUAUCAUCUUUCCUAACAAAGAAGAAGCAGUGCUCAACAAGUUAACUCACGAUGGGCACGUAUUACAUCAAGAAACAUAUGUUGGAGGUCACGUAGAGGCACUUGAGUCCGGCGUGUUUCGUGCAGACAUCCCUUGCAGAUUCAGAAUGGUACCAGAGGCCAUAGAUAAGUUAAUUGCACAGAUUUCGAAAACACUCGAACACGCCAUCGUCGUCGAAGAAGGUGUGCCCAUGGAGAUGGUAACUAAUCUGGAGGAAGUAUCUCAGGAAAUCAAAAAUAAACUAACUGCCCUCAAGGAACAUCCAAUGAGGCUUGAGAGACCAUUGAUUUACCAUUUGGAUGUGGGAGCUAUGUACCCAAAUAUUAUUUUGACCAAUCGGUUGCAACCUUGCGCUAUGGUAGACGAAACUAUUUGUGCAGCUUGUGAUUAUAACAAACCUGGAGCGGACUGUCAAAGAACCAUGUCGUGGAUGAUGCGAGAAGAAUAUCUUCCAGCUAGUCGAAAUGAAUAUCACAGGAUCCAGCAACAAUUAGAAACGGAGAAGUUUCCUCCCAAAUUUCCCGGCGGUAAACCUAGAGCUUUUCACGAGCUGACCAGAAACGAACAGGCAGAUUACGAAAUUAAGAGGUUGCAGGUCUAUUGCAGAAGAGUUUACAAGAAAGUAAAACUGACGAGAGUUGAGGAACGUAACACCACUAUUUGCCAGAAGGAAAACUCUUUUUACGUCGACACUGUUAGAGCUUUCCGAGAUAGAAGAUAUGAGUACAAAGGAUUAUCAAAGAAAGCAAAGCAGGCUGUGGUUGAUGCAGUGAAAGGUGGCAAUGCUGGUGAAAUUAAAUCAGCCAAAAACAGAGAAGUACUUUACGAUUCUUUACAAUUGGCCCACAAAUGUAUUUUGAAUUCUUUUUACGGAUAUGUAAUGAGAAGAGGUGCACGUUGGCACAGCAUGGAAAUGGCUGGUAUUGUAUGCUAUACUGGUGCUAACAUAAUUAUGAGAGCUAGAGAAAUCAUCGAGCAAGUCGGUAGACCUCUCGAAUUAGACACCGACGGUAUUUGGUGCAUACUACCGGCUUCCUUUCCAGAAAACUUCACAAUUUAUACAACUCACGAAAAGAAAAAGAAAUUCAAUGUGUCAUAUCCUAACACUGUCCUGAACGCCAUGGUUAAGGAGUACUUCACCAAUGAUCAGUACCACGAUUUGGUCGAUCCUCAGAAUCUACAAUACGAAAUACGAAGUGAGAACUCCAUUUUCUUUGAGGUAGACGGACCUUAUAAAGCGAUGGUAUUGCCCGCCAGUAAAGAGGAAGGCAAGAAACUGAAGAAAAGAUACGCCGUGUUCAAUUUCGAUGGGUCACUCGCCGAAUUAAAGGGAUUCGAAGUAAAACGGAGAGGAGAAUUACAAUUAAUUAAGAAUUUCCAGUCCUCCGUUUUUGAAGCGUUUUUAAAAGGUGACUCAUUGGAAACGUGCUAUGCUGCAGUAGCUCAGGUGGCGGAUUAUUGGUUGGACGUGUUGUUUUCUCACGGUCGAAAUAUGCCGGAUUCGGAAUUGUUCGAUUUGAUUUCGGAAAAUCGGUCCAUGUCGAAGAAGUUGGAAGAGUACGGAGGACAGAAGAGUACCUCUAUCAGUACGGCAAAACGUUUGGCCGAGUUUUUGGGAGAUCAGAUGGUCAAAGACGCUGGACUCGCGUGUAAAUAUGUUAUUUCGAAAAAACCUGAGGGAUCUCCCGUUACUGAAAGAGCGAUACCGUUAGCAAUUUUUCAAGCAGAUGAAGCCAUUCAGAAGCAUUAUUUAAGAAAAUGGUUAAAGGACACCUCCUUAAAUGAAAUUGAUAUACGAGACAUUUUAGACUGGAGUUAUUAUAUAGAACGUUUGGGAGGCGCAAUUCAAAAGAUAAUAACUAUUCCUGCAGCCAUGCAAGGGGUUCCAAAUCCUGUUCCAAGAGUCAGUCAUCCCGAUUGGCUGCACAAAAAAAUUCUUGAAAAAUCCGACAACUUUAAACAACGCAGAAUAACUGAUAUGUUUUCUAAUCGACCACGGCCGGUUGUAAACGACAAAGAAAACGAGAUGAAUGUAGAAAACAGAGAGUCUACAGCAGCAUCGGCAGACAUUGAAGAUACGGUAAUGGAUAAUACGAUAAAAGUCAACCGACCUGUGGUAACCGUAACCAAACGUAAGAGAGGUUCCGAUAAAGAGUGUGAAUUUACUGAAGAUGAGCUCAAUCGUGGUUGGAGAGAAGUGUUAGGAAACCCGCCUCCUCAUGGCGAAACAAAAGAGGAACGUGAGAUUUGGAUCAGGUUCCAAAAGAGGAAAUGGGAGUUCCAACUAGCACAGAAGAAAAUUUGUCAGGUUAAUAUGAAUAAAAAAGUUAGACCAGCUAUUCAAUCAGUAGCUGGAUUCAUCCAUAGAACCAAAAGAACUUUGUUAACGUCCAUGUGGCAAGUCUUACAAAUUGCUCCGACGCCAAUUCCGGGAGAAUUUAAACUAUGGGCUCUGGUUCAAAGUGAGCUGCACAUGGUGAAGCUUACAGUGCCAAGAAUAUUCUAUGCGAAUUUAAAACAACCGAAGGUUGCAGAGGAAGGGGCAUUGUUUAAAAAAUGUAACAGAACCCUACCGCGAUCUAGACCUGUAUAUAAUCUAUAUAUGUAUUCAGUGCCUGAAGACAUUUUUCAAGAACACGGAAAGAAAGUAUAUUUGGACCAAAGCGACCCGAAUGUCGAAGGCGUUUAUGAGACUCAGGUGUCACCUCUAUUCAGAAGCCUGGUUCACAUUGGAUGCGUGUGCAAAGUCGGACCCGGCUGCACAAACCAGGAUAGCUUCUCUAUGGAGCAGUUGAACAUGUCCAGUGUGGUCAGACAGCCAUAUUUAGCCAAAGACUCCAUCAAGCACAUGUUCUUUUACCAUCACAAACACGCAACUAAGCCCCAACAUAUGUUUGCACUAUUCUUGACUCCCCUGAAAAGCGCAGUCAUCAUCGUCGUCGACACAGUAAGAACUAAUCUUAUGCCCAACAUGAACAGCCUUUAUAACGCUGAGAGAAUUGCGAAAAUGGAGAGAAACCCAGACGAAGAUCUGUUACCCCCAGAAGGUGUAACGUUUGAGGUUCACGUAGAAACAGACUUGAAUCAGGUGUAUAAGAUUCUACAGAAAACACUACAGAAUUACAAAGAUGAAAAGAAGGGUCCUACAAUACUAGCAUUGCAAUCUACUAUGGAUGUCCAUCACUUGCAGCUGAACAUUCCACAAUUUUCCGACUUCCCCCAAACACAAAUACAUGUACAGGAUGUGGAAGAUCUUUAUAACGUGAUAGAAUGGCAAAAAUCAGGAGCCAAAGCUAUAAUACGUCAUUAUUUGAAUAGUGAACGUGUGUUAGAAUUGAUGAAGGAACAAUGCCGAUACUUCCAUUUACCUUUGGGUAACGUACCUGCUGAUCCAGCAGUGUUUGGUGCAGAUCUAUUUUAUGCCAGACAUUUAAUAAAUAACAAUCAUGUGCUGUGGUGCUCACCUUUAGACAGACCUGAUUUGGGAGGCAGCGAAGAAAACGAUGCACGUCUUCUAGCCGAAAAUCAAGAGGGUUCCAGCGAAGUGUGCAACAAUCCAGGUUGGUAUUCUUCGGUCUGCAUAGAGUUGGACAUUGACAGUUUAGCCAUCAACACAUUGCUGCAAUCGCACCACGUUGCGGACAUUGAAGGCACAAGCUCGGCAACAGCUUUUGAUGCUGCGGCCACUACGUCGAUUGACGACAUGAUCAGUGGUCAUUCCAAUCCGGUAGCUUACGAUGAAAGUGCCCGAUGUUCCGAAGCCUUCAAGAUACUACGGUCCAUGGCCAGCGGCUGGAUGCGUGACAUCUCCGUAUACAAGAAUAUAUUUGCUGAUUUUCAAGUAAUACAUUUCUAUAGAUGGCUAAGAUCAUCAAAGGCACUGCUCUACGAUCCAGCCUUACUAAGAACUUUGCAAAACCUUAUGAAGAAACUCUUUUUACAACUUGUUGCCGAAUUUAAACGAUUAGGCUGCAAAAUAGUUUACGCAAACUUUAAUAAAAUCGUGAUAUGUUCGACCAAAAACAACGUAGAAGAUGCCAUAGCUAAUAUAAAAUUCGUCGUGGCGUCAAUCAGAAACAAGGAACUUUUCCAUUCACUCGAGAUCACCUUCAGUGACUGUUGGAAGCAGCUGGUCUGGUUGGAUACGGCAAACCACGGAGGAAUUCAAGCGGAACUUCCUGACAAUAUUCAAAACGACUCUGAGCAAAUCGAUCCGGAGGCAAACGAAGAUGGAGAUCAGGACGAAGAAAAAGAGGCGAUGGUGGUGAUGAAUUGGAACAUCGCAGAACUUUUGCCUGAGAGGGCGGGUUGUCGGAAUAAUUUUAAUGCUGUGAUCGCCGGCUACAUCAACGCCGUGUAUACAAGAUUGGAAAAUGCCGACCGGUCAAGAGUUAUGGUUGGAGCCCUAAGUCAGCCAUCGUACGGUUUGGCCACGCACGAAACAGUCAUGGAAUACGCUAAAGAGCUACUCCAGGGAGAAAUCAGUCAAACGCUGUUUCAAAUGACCGAGAAAAUUAACAGCAAGCUUCAACCGCUUCCGGACGGUACAAGUGCUGCUUUGGACUUUGUGAAAGCUAUUUGUCAUGUCUUAAGUCUUGAUCCUGCCAUGGUAGAUACUGUAAACCAUCUUAAAAGUAAUUUACUUCGAUUAAUUGGCAUUGGAGAAUUCUCCGAAAAAGCAGUGUGGAACGAUCCCACCGUUUCUUAUGUAAUUCCCCAAUUUAUUUGCAAAUCCUGCAACCACUGCAGGGAUAUUGACUUGGGAAGAGAUCAGCAUCGUUCAGAUACUGCAUGGUUAUGUCCUUUAUGCAAAAGCGCGUACGACAAUACGGAGAUUGAGAGUCUUCUCUUAGACAUAAUCAGCCGGAAAUUAUUAGCAUACAAUUUACAGGAUUUGCAGUGCCUCAAAUGUGGUCAGAUAAAAAUGGAAAAUCUAAUCAAACACUGCCAAUGUGCUGCAGGAUUCCGUUGCUUGAUCUCAAAAACAGAACUCACCAAAUUAAUGCAAACAUUUUUAACCCUAGCAGACAAAUUUCAUAUGUAUGCCUUGCAUGAAACUGUUACUCAAAUUUUACAACUUUGUUAAUAAUUGUUACUCUUGUAUUUUAAUAAAACUAUUUUAUAUAA